CUUUGGAUUUAUACCCUCUUCACCUGCUCAUGAACUUGCUAUUGAGGCUCCAACCUCAUCGAUAUUCAUACAGCCGACGCCGCUAUACAUAACAUCAUCAUCAACUCAAGAAGUGGGCCACUCACUCCCCUCCAGUUCACCGUAUUCUCAAUCCACAUUACAUCACAUUAUAUUAUAUCACAGCAACUGUGAAUACAUUUAUAUUUCUUCGACUGCAGUCACCCAGCAACCACAAUAAACUUGUCAUCACGCACACAAUGGUUCAAGUACUGGCCGAUCCCACAUUCUCUCCCGCCGGGACACCAACCUACGAGGUCACCGAUGGUCCUCUCAUGAAGCGUCCUGGCUUUGGCAGGAUCGACUCAUCAACCUCAAUGAGCCGAGAGGAACAUGUCAAGCGGAUGCAGGAACUCAACAAGAAGAGAGGAAUGAUGAAGGCACCCAGACGAGGCUGGUCAAUGACCGACUACCAGGGCGAUCACGUCCCUGCAUCCCACUCUGGCGCUGCCCACAUUGAGCGACAAGCUCCUAUCCCUGAGAACGACUCUCCUUCUCCAACCGAACGUCAAGAGCCUGUGUUUCCUGAGUUCCCAGUUGAGGACAAGAAAAUCCAGAUUGCCCACCGACCUAAAUUGCCUCCCCCUCGCCGUUCAUACUCUGUGAUGGACUAUGAGCCAAUCCCACAAACUCAACCACAGCCUCCCAAGGAUCACACCAUACUCGAUCUUCCUUCCGAGCUUCACUACACUAUCUUUGAUUACCUCGACCCUAUUGACAGCGUUUGUUUCGGCCUCACCAACUCCAACUUUUACGAUAUCCACCGACGGUUGCACGGCACCGUACCCCUUUCCAGCCGGUACUCGGGGCCAAACGACAUGGAAUGGGCUUGGCGAGGAGCUGGUCCCCUUGUUCACCGACAAGAGCGAGAUCCCGAGAAAGAAGGUACCAUUGAGCAGCUGCGUGUCAAGGGGCAGGUCUACUGCAGGAAGUGCGGAAUCUCGCGAUGCGAGCUGCACCGUCACCUCAAAGAUUGGAUGCCCGAGGGCUCCGAGUACUGCUCUAUAAAGGAGGCCUUCGGAAAGCCCGCCGGAGAGGAUGCGAAGCCAUACUGCUACAUGAAGUCACCCAAGAACCCACACAGAUGUGGACGCCACGGAGGAAAGAAGGGUCAAUAAACAUUCUAGACCAAGACGAAUCAGGCGGAACGAUAGAACUAAAACAACCCAGAAAGGGUAUGACGACAUGAAAACAACGACAACGGCAAGAGAGCCGAUAAAUACUGGAUCCUUUUUUUUUACUUGUUUACUAUUGUGAUAUCACAGGAAGGACCUUCGGCUAUUAGCAUGUACACGCACUUUAUUUUUAUUCAAACUUAGCAAUCAUAUAGAUGAUAAAUGUCAAGUUUUAGCCAAAUCA